AUGCGCGUCGCCCUCCUCUCCCUCGCCUCGGCCGUGGCAGCCAGUCCCAUGGCCAACUACCUUUCCACCAUGGAAUCAAGAGCCGCCACUCUCGACGACAACUCCAUGAACAACUUCCGGUUCUACGCCCAGCACGCCGCCGCCGCCUACUGCAACGCCGUCGGCCCCUCGCCCGGCGCGGCCGUCUCCUGCGGCGACGAGUGCGACGACGUGAUGCGCAACGGCGCCACCAUCCUCCGCACGUUCCAGGGCAGCAACACAGGCAUCGCCAGCUACGUCGCCGUCGACAACGUCCGUCGGGAGAUUGUCUUUGCGACGCGCGGCAGCAACAACAUCCGCAACUUCGUCACCGACGUGCUCUUCCUCAGGCGCGACUGCGACUUUGCCGCCGGCUGCCAGGUGCACAGCGGCUUCGCCGACGCAUGGGGCGAGAUCGCCGUCGCCGCCACCGCCGCCAUCAAGGAGGGCCUGCAGGCGCACCCGGGCUACCGGCUCGUCGUCACCGGCCACUCGCUCGGCGGCGCCGUGGCCGCGCUCGGCGGCGCGUACCUGCGCCGCGCGGGCUUCGCCGCCGACGUGUACACGUUUGGCGCGCCGCGCGUCGGCAACGACGUGUUUUCCACCUUCUCGGGAGCCCAGCCGGGCGGCGGGCUGUUCCGCAUGACGCACACCGACGACCCGGUCCCGCGCCUGCCGCCCAUGAUCUUUGGCUACCGCCACGGCGGCACCGAGUACUGGCUGUCCAACGGCGGCGCGCUGCAGAACAAGUACCAGGCGACCGACGUCAAGAUUUGCCCGGGCAUCGCGAGCAUCGAGUGCAACGCCGGCACCUUUGGCUUCGACAUCCUCGCCCACCUUCACUACCUGACCGACACGUCCGACUGCGCGCCGCUGGGUAUCCGGUGGAAGCGCGAGGAUGGCCCGUCCGACGAGGAACUCAAGCAGCGCCUCACCAAAUGGAGCCAGCAGGACCAGGCGCUGGUCGGUGGGAAAUAG